AUGCCUUUAACUGUCAACACAGCUCUGUUUUACUCACUUACCUCUGACCUUGAUGAGAUCAUCAUGCCAGUAGAUGGGAUUGAACUCCAUCUAGUGUUUGGAGACAUCACUAAUGAGACAACUGAUGCCAUUGUGAACACCACUGACUUUAAGGACUUCCAGACAGCUGGAGUGUGUAAGGACAUCCUUACUAAGGCAGGACCUCAAAUCCAGGCUCAACUGACAGGCGCUCAGGUAGCAAGAGGGCAGAUCUUCACGACCCCACCAGGGGGCUUCCCCUGUAAGACGAUCAUGCAUAUUUGUGGACUGAGGGACCCUGGUGUUAUCAAGACCUUGGCAAAAGAAAUAGUGGUUCAAAGUGAGCAGGGUUGCUGCAGGUCUGUGGCCAUUCCUGCAAUCUGUGCUGGACAAGGAGGCUUGGAUCCAUCAGUGGUGGCUAAAUCCAUUCUAGAUGGAGUAAAGGAUGGUGUUCAAGGAGCGAAUCUUCAACAUCUCAAAAGCAUUCGAAUCGUUCUGCUGAAGAUUAAUGUUUUCCUGGCUUUCAAAGCAAUGGCAAAGCAAAUCUUUGAUGCUCCUGCACCACUUGUACCUACCAGUGUAAUCACCAGAGGGCGCAGUGGAUCAACUAGAUCAAGAUCACAUUCCUUAACCUCACCAGUAACUUCAGACUUCAGUUCUCUAGUGACAUCGUGGCCUGACACAGAGAGCAGAGCAGCAUUUCUAGUCAUUGGUUACACUAAUAAUGUGUCUAAUGCCUGUAGAGAAAUACAGCAGGCAUAUAAGAGCCAGUGCUCCACACACACUAUCUUUCGUGAUGAGAUCAGGUGUCUCACUGAAGAUGAGAAGAAGCAGCUGUACUCUAAAGUGAGUUCACUGCACCUGCAGAUAGACCAGAUCAGCUCUGAUAGAUGGGUAGUAAAAGGACUGAAGAAUGGAGUGAAUGAGGUGGUUAGACUGAUACAAGAUGCACUUCGUAGACAGGUGAGAGACAAGGAGCAGUCCAUCCUCUUCAGUCAAGUCACGUGGUGCAUUCUGGGAUCACGGGGUAUUUGGCAGAAGGUACCAAAAGAUGUGAAUUAUGUGCUUGAGAAAGGAGAUGUUAAAGAUGGAAUUGUGGAUGCACAGGGUGUGAAAUGGACUGUGAAUCUGGGAAAGAUGGAGGCAAAAGCAUAUCGUUCAGGAGAGGUGACCGCUCUCAAACGACUGGAGAACCUUUCAGAUUUCUCUUUGCCAAUCUACUGGAACAACAUGAGUCAAGGUGACUCCUUACAGGUGAAUGAACUAGAUCAGUCAUCCACAGAGUACCAGACUGUGAAGGCAGACUUCAAGAAGACUGUCCCAAAAACAGUGCUCAAGAUCCAGCGCAUUCAGAACAUGAAUCUUCGGCGGUUAUACGAGGGGCGUAAAAAAGAGCUGGAGGACAAAAAUGGUUCUGUGGGAGCAGCAGAGAAGAUGCUUUAUCACGGCACAUCAGAGGAAUCCUGCUCAUCCAUUAUGAAGUCAAACUUUAAUCGCAGUGUUGCAGGGCAAAAGGCCACCAACUAUGGACAUGGGACGUAUUUCGCUGUGAACGCCAGCUACUCUGCCCAAAAUAAGUUUGCAGUUCCUGCAGCAGACGGGACUCAGCUCAUGUUUGUGGCUCGUGUGCUUACGGGUUACCACACUCGGGGUAAGGCGAACAUGAAGACGCCCCCUGUUCGUGAGGAAUCUGACCACUAUGACAGUGUGGUGGAUAAUUUGCAGAAUCCCUCCAUGUUUGUGGUUUUUCACGACUGCCAGGCUUAUCCAGACUACCUCAUCACAUUCAAAUGA